AUGUCUCCCAUUAAGUCUUCUUAUGUGCUCGGCAGCGACCCUGAUCUCGAAAAGGCCGUCAGAGAGGGCACAGUCGUCAUUGGUCGUGUCAACGUCUUUCGCAACUACACCACCAAUCUCUCGUUUGUGCGCAGUAGUCGCCUUCCGUGCGAUGUGGUGCUGAACUCUGCCGAGCUGCGUGGGCCUGCGCUGCACUCUGAUGUGGUGGCAGUAGAGCUCCUGCCGCUUACACAGUGGCAACUCGUACCGAAUGCAGUCAGCACAGCGUCAGACCUUGGCGACAACGCCUCCGAUGCUAAGACCGAUAGCGGAUUGCGGGCGAUGCCGUCCACAUUGCCGGAUGGUCGCCACAUUGCACAGCUUAUCGCUCCCGAGACCACAGCAGCGAUACUCCAGAACGCCUCUGCUGAGGUUUCCCUCGCUGUGCAGAUGGGCGCCCCUUCUUCGUACGAGUGGCCAUCAGAGAAACGGCCGCUGGGUCGCGUCAUUCGAAUUCUGGAACGCCAUCUGCCGCGCCUUCACGUGGCGCGCAUUGCAGACAACCAGGUGCAGCCUGGUCAGGGACUGCGGGAGAGCUAUUACUACCGCUUCCGCCCCUUCAAUCAGCUCUAUCCCCAACUGGCGGUGCAGGGGUGUGACAUCAUGGCCCCCUAUCAUGCAAAUAUCGGCAUGUCCCUCUUUUCCUUAGCGCUGCAGCAAGGCGAGAAGGGUGACGUGCACACGGCUCCGCGAAUGGGAAACGUCCUCUUGUGCAAAGUGCACAGUUUCCUUGGUGAUGCCUCGACCAUGGCGGUGGCACACCACGCCAUCUGCACAAGCUGCAAUGUGCCGAACGAACCCUUUUCAGAGGAGGCCGAGGCAUGCGUGGCCAAGGAUUUCACGAUCCCUUCGGCAGCGGAGCUGGCCGAUAUGGGUCGCCGCGACCUGCGCGAGUCGGAGUUCGUCUUAACGAUUGACCCCGCCACAGCGCGUGAUUUGGACGACGCCCUCAGCAUAAAACCACGAAAAGAUGGUGGCUAUCACGUGGGCGUGCACAUCGCUGAUGUAUCGUAUUUUGUGCUGCCCAGGACGGCUCUCGACGAGGAGGCGCAGCGGCGCAGCAACUCAACCUACCUGGUGGACCGCGUAAUUCCGAUGCUCCCGUCGAGGCUGAGCGAGCAGUACUGUAGCUUGAACCCUGGCGAGGAUAAGUUUGCCUUCUCCGGACUUUUCGAGUUCGACCGCGACGGGCAUCUCAUCUCCGAGGCGGAGACGGGGGAGAAAUGCGAGUGGUUUGGGCAGAGUGUCAUCCGCAGUCGGUGCCGACUAGCGUACGAGCAGGCGCAGAAGAUUCUCGACAACGACCCGGUGGAGCUCGAUGUGGCGCAAGCUGCGUUUGACCUCGGCAUCAGCGAGGAGGCUGCUCGCAACAAGGUGAAGCAGAGCAUCAAGAACCUCUUCAAGCUCGCAAGCAAGCUUCGCGAGCAGUCACUGCGGGACGGACGGGUGGUUAUCGGCAAUAUCCGCCUUGGGUUUCAUUUUGAAAAAAACGAAGUGAACUCGCCCCCAGUCUCCUUCUCCGUGCAUCAGCAGAUUCAGGCGAACUGGCUGGUGGAGGAGUUUAUGUUAUUGGCGAAUCAACGUGUGGCACAGAAGAUUGUGCAGUUCAUUCCGAACGGGGCGCUGCUUCGCAGACACAAACCACCAAACCCACGGAAGAUGGACCUACUCCGCGAGGCCCUGUCGAGCCGUGGUCUGCCUACCUGUGGCAGCUCUGGCCAGGAGCUGCAGCGGAUGUUGGACAUCAUGAUGAAGGAUCACCAGGGAGACUUUUAUACGGUGUGCGAGUUGGUCAAGUACUCCCUUAUGGCCGCCGAAUACAUCGCCAACGAUCCGACUGAGAAGGACAUCCGUUCCCACUUUGCCGUCGCGGCGCCGUGGUACACCCACUUCACGUCACCGAUCCGCCGCUACUGCGAUUUGAUGGUGCACCGCCAGCUGCUCGUUGCCCUCGAGCUGGAGCAGCGCAUCGAAGAAGCGCAAUUGGCGAUGCCGAGAGCGCCGCAUCUGGCGGUGGAGAGGAGGCCCGAGGAUGACAUCUUUGACCCCACUCGCGUUGUGGACGUAAGCACGCUCAAGACGCGGGAGCUCUUCUACCCUCACUCGGAGCUGCAGAACAUCGUCGCCCACGCCAACGAGUGCCGCUUGAACUCUCGCUCCGCCGGUGACAUGUCGUUAGAGUACUCUCUGUGCCUAUACCUGCUCGCACUGCAGAAGAGGGCCAAGGAGGAGCCGACUCUGCCACAGCACCUCUACACGACCGCCAAUAUUGUGAAGAUGACGGAGGGCAGCUUCCUACUCUACAGUGCUGAGAUCGCCUCAGAGGUGGAGGUGGGCUUCAACGAUACUCAUCAGCGGUUCAGGUAUCAAAGGCUGCUUGGGACUGGCGACGCGGACGCCAAACCAGCUGCAGAGAGCACAAUAGACGCCAAGACAAAGGCUCAUGCACGCAAGAAGGGGGGUAAGAGCGACAUGCCACACCGCGGCGCCGAAGAGGGUAAAAAAUCGCUGCCUCACGUUUCAGGCGCACCGACCAAAGUGGUAGCGCAGGUCUCUUGGGCGCCACACCCUGUGACAGGCGAGGAUGUGAUAGAGGUGUUUGACCUCUUCACCGAAUUUGUCGUGCUACUGGAGGUAACGACAAAGCAGGGGCGUCUUUCCUUGGAUAUGCAGCUGUUGCCGCCGUGGGAGCGGGAGGCGGCCCGUUGCGUCUGCCCCAAAGUCCCCACCUCUCUUGUCGAGACUCUUUAG